GCGCGCACGGAGCGGAGAGGCGGACAAAAUGGCGGCUGGUGGCAGUGGGAUCCUGAUCGGUGACAAACUCUAUUCUAGCAUUGCCCUGACCCUAGAAAACUGCCUGAUCUCCGAGGAGAAGCUUUCCCUGACGGCUUCUGUGUCGGACGGCCUCGAUCCGGAGGUGGAGACUGACCUGAGGAUAGUGGGAUGCGAGUUAAUCCAGGCCGCCGGCAUCUUGUUGAAACUCCCUCAGGUGGCGAUGGCAACUGGACAAGUUUUAUUUCAGCGCUUCUUCUAUUCAAAAUCCUUUGUGAAGCAUCCCAUGGAGAUAUUAUCGAUGGCAUGUGUACAUUUGGCAUCUAAAAUUGAAGAAGACCCUAGGCGCAUUCGGGAUGUCAUUAAUGUAUUUCAUCAUUUGCGAAAACUCAGGGAGAAGAAAUCUCCUACGCCACUUCCUUUGGACCAAAGCUAUGUCAACCUGAAAAACCAAGUAAUAAAGGCAGAAAGACGAGUGUUAAAGGAACUGGGAUUCUGUGUUCACGUCAAGCACCCUCAUAAGAUUAUCGUUAUGUACCUUCAGGUGUUAGAAUGUGAACGUAACCGGCCUCUGGUCCAAACUGCAUGGAAUUAUAUGAAUGACAGCCUACGGACAGAUGUAUUUGUCAGGUACCAUCCAGAGACCAUUGCCUGUGCAUGCAUCUACUUGGCUGCUCGGGCUCUUGAGAUUCCACUUCCAAAUCGUCCCCAUUGGUUUCUACUGUUUGGAACAAGUGAAGAAGAAAUGAAGGAAAUCUGUGUGAAAAUCUUAAAGCUCUACACAAGGAAAAAGGCAAAUUUGGAACACCUUGACAGUGAAGUUGAAAAGCGAAAAGUGGCUCUUCAAGAAGCAAAAGCAAAAGCCAAAGGUCUUUUACCAGAUGGUACACCUGCAUUAGAUGCUCCCCCAAGCUUCUCUCCAUCUUCAAAACCAGAUUCUCCCAAAGAUGGAAAACUUGAAAAACCUUCGCCACUAUCUAUCCAGGCAAUGAAAAAUGCUAGACGAAAACUGGAUGAGGAAGAAAAAUGGCCCCGAUCUAACAGUCCUUUUAAUGGUGUUCAAAAGGGGAAGAAUAGCAGAAGUCGGAGCAGAAGCAAAGGUCGGAGUUACUCGAGGUCUCGCUCUCAUUCACAUUCUCCACGGAGACGAAGAACAAGAAGCCGUUCUGCAUCUAACAGCUCUCGAUCCCGCAGCCACUCAAGAAGCCGCAGUGAUUCCCCUCCACAACGGCACAAACGAAGCUCACCUUACAUUGGCAGGCCAAAAGUCAAGGAAUAUGAUGAUAUGCGAGAAUUCAAAUACAAUUCCCACAAACGCAGGCGUUCACACAGCAGGAGCUACAGUAAAAGUUUGUCAAGAUCUAGAAGCAGAUCCAGAGAGCGUUUAGAUUUUCCUCGAAAACACAAAGAAAGCAGAAGCCAUCAUAGAGAGCGAAGGCACGAUCGAUCACGGUCUUAUGAAAGGUCUACAAAACAUCACAACAGCCACUCUGGCCACAGCAGACACCGGCGGUGAUGGGAGAAGCCUAUUUAAUGUUGUUUACAUAACUUUGUAUUAUUCAAGAUUUAUACAAUCUCUAAACAAGUCUUUGUUAAAGAGGUUCCUGUAGAACAUUGAGGGUUAGUUGUGUAAAUUGCACUGCUUGUAGUUCGAAAACCAAUGUAGUGGCUCCUGCUGACAUCCCUAUUAAGACUUUUUAAUAGUGUCUUACCAACUGCUGAUAAACUUCAUAUUAAAUAUUUUCUGAUAAACUGAGUUGUGUAUGGUUUACACAGCUUUAUAUUGUUUCAGGGUUUGUAAAUUAUUUUUUGUAAAACUUGCUUGUGUUAACAUGACAUUUAAGAUUUCCUUUUCUGUUAACUGUUUGUAUAUAGGGCCGUAAACAGACAUGUGCAAUGCACCUGGAGGAGUGGAGAGAGAAAUGCCCUCUUUGAAGCAGUCAGCUUCAAUUUUGUGAACUAUAUUUUGUGUUCAGUGUUGUCUCAAUGGUGCAGUUGGGUGCCAAUUUCAUUCAGUUUAAUUUUUAAAAAUAAUAAAUUUCUUUCAAAUGUGUGAUUACAAACUUCCACCUGUUGUUUGGUCUGAACCAUUAAAGUAGGAUUGACGGUGAUAUGGUUUUACAGAAGAGAUACAUGGCUAUUUUUGAUUUUGCUGCUGCAUACACUAUUGUAUUUUUCAGAAAGAAGCCAUUGUCUUUGUAGUUAUGUAAAGUACUUUAAAAUUUUUCUUUGGGAAGUAAUAAUGUACCUAAGAGAGGUUACUUAAUAUUUGUAAAGAGAUUUUUGAACUUCUUUUGAUGGGGCAGGAAGGUUAUUUGCAACUGAUAAUUGUCUGUCUGUUCAAGUGUACAUGUUUUGUUCUAUUAAGUAAAAUGAAUUGCUUACAACCAGGAGAUAUUGUACAUAAAACUUCUAAUGUAGUGCAGCAAACAUACAUGUGCCUUGAAUAUGUAAGUUUUAUGAACUACAAAUGGAAUUUGGAUAUGCA